AUGUUACCCAUGCUGCAUCCGAAUCCGUCCUCCUCCUCCUCCCCGACGCCCUCGUGCUCGUCCAGCUCCUCCUCCCAUCAGCCGCCGCUUCACAAUCCGCACGCACACCAUCACUCGCAUCACCACGCCCACCUCAAUGCGCAUCUGCACGGGGGCGUCCCGGGCGCGCUGUCCUCCCCGCCGCCGGCCAAGGUGUCGGCCGAGCUGGUAUCGGGGCUGUCGCACCAUCUUUCCAUCCUUUCGUCCUCCGCAUCCUCGCCGAACUCCUCCUCCACCUCCUGUGCCACGGCGUCGCUGGGCCAUCGGCUUCAGCCGCCCCACCAUCUGUCGCACAACCUGCACGACCAUCACCAUCACUAUCUGCAACAUCACCAUCAUCAGCACAGCAGCAGCAACACGACGGGCGGCCAGGCGCCAGCUGCCGGGAUGGCACACGCCCCGGUGGCAACGACCGCGGGCGGCAGCAGCAGCAGCAGCUAUCGGACGGAGGCGGACCAACUGAUGCACGGCGUCAACUUUACCACCGCUCAUCACUGGCCGGUGCGGCACGCCAAGGGGCUGCUGAACGGGCCCGGCCAGAACAACUGCUUCCUCAACUGUGCGGUACAGAUUUGUUGA